AUCGUGGUCACUAGUGUGUAUCAACCUUGAUAUUGUGGUUGUGGUAGUGAAGUCAGAUCAUAUUCCUACCUGCAACUAUCAAUCCGAACAGGAUUUAGCCUGCUGACAGCAGGCGAGGCAGGACCUUCACGAGUAUAUAUCCAGACAAUACUAUUAUUAUCAUAUAUUAUAUCUGUGUUUUUGAUAGCGGAUCGAAAAUAUACACAGCAUUUUGAUAAUCGGGGAAAGAGAAAUCAAAACACAGUGUUCCGUCUGAUUGUUAUUAUGGACGAUCGAUUUGACUAUUCAAAUUACAGCCUAUCGUCUCCUUUGAGUGACAUAAAACCUUAUUAUGACGUCAUCGUAAUCGGCUCUGGUUAUGGCGGGUCCAUCGCUGCUAGCCGCUGCUCCCGAGCGGGGAAGAAGGUGUGCCUGUUCGAAAAGGGAAGAGAAUGGUGGCCGGGCGAUUUCGAAGAGGACGUGGGAGCAGCGAAAGAUAUGCAGAUGACUUAUAACAGUUCGGAUGGCGAAUGCGUUCAAAUAGGCAAACCUACAAAUCUUUAUGAUAUCGUUGUUGGUCCCGACGUCGCCGUGGUACAGGGGGUCGGGCUCGGCGGAACGUCGCUCAUCAACGCCAACGUUUGCCUUGAAGCCGAUCCAAGAGUUUUUGAAGACAAAGCUUGGCCAAAGGCUUUACGGGACGACAUCGAGACCCUAAACUCAGUUGAUCGCAAGCACUUCAUGGCGAUGAUGAAUCCUCAAGAAUACCCCGAAGCUUAUCCGUCGCUUCCCAAGCUCGAUGCCAUGAAGGAGGUCGCUCACGGCUUCGUCACCGACAUCGAGGAUCUGAAAGUGAACGAUGUCUUCUAUAAGACACCUCUCUACGUCAACUUCAAGACAACGAAGAGCAACGUCGCUGGUAUCCCACAACCAGCCUGCAACAACUGCGGCAACUGUGUUGGUGGCUGCAAUACGGGAGCCAAGAAUACUCUCAACAUGAACUUUCUUCCUGAUGCCCAUGCUCACGGUGCUAGAAUUUUCACGGAGAUCCAAGUAAAUGCUGUGAUGCGACAUGAUGAAGGAGGUAAUUGGGUGGUCUUUUACCAGAGUCUUGAUCAGAAGAAAUUUGAGAAGAAGGAGCGCAUCGUCAAGGCCCAUACAGUCAUCUUCGGCGCUGGAUCACUUGGAUCCACCAGGAUCCUUCUUAACUCCGCGUCUCGAGGUCUCUCCCUCUCAAACCAAGUCGGCCAACGCUUCACAACCAAUGGUGAUCACCUGACAUUUUCAUACAACGGGAAAAAAAAGAUUCGACCUGUUGGCAUCAAGUUGGAAGACCUCAAGUCACCGACCCAAGGUCCAGGACCUUGUAUAACCAGCAUCCUCGAUGUGCGCAGGAAACCAAAUGCAUCGCUCGACGACGGGUACCUCCUGGAAGAUGGCACCCCGCCCUCUUCGAUGGAUCAUAUCUUCAAGCUCCUGCUCAAGCUUAACAACGGUAUAGACACAACCCCAAACGAGAACGAAAUUGCAGAGUUCAUCCGCUCCAUCACUGGGAAAGCAUAUGAGAACACGCUUACAUUCCUGUCGAUGAGCCACGACUCGGCCAAUGGUCGUAUCGUUCAGGAUCAGGCUUCCGGAAACGUCUGGGUUGACUACCCGGGUGUCGGAGAUGAAGAUAAUUUUCAGGCUAUCUACGAGGCAGCGAGGAAAGCCGCGACAACAUUAGAAGGCGAGCUGAUGGCAAACCCAUUCUGGAAUGGCGUGAUUCCUCAAUUGAAGAACAAAAAGGGUAUCGUCACUGUUCAUCCACUGGGAGGCUGCGGCAUGGGCGAGUCCGGGAAAACUGGUGUUGUUGACCACACUGGAGCAGUUUUCAGAGGAGAGGGCGUGGGUGUCUACCCCAAUCUCCUGGUAGUUGAUGGUGCAGUCAUGCCCAGAAGCGUGGGUGUCAACCCCACCCUUACCAUUGGGACCAUUGCAGAGAGGUGCGUUCGGCUCCUGGCUGACAGGAAUGGAUGGACAAUCAAUUACGAAAGCACCAAGGAAAUAGAAUCAUCUGUUAAGGAUAAGAAUAAACCUGGACUGCGCUUCACCGAACGUAUGGCCGGUCAUCUGACCGUAGACGGCGUAGAUCAUCCAUGUGAGUUCGUCCUCACUAUUGUAAGUAAUGACGUUGAGCAUAUGCUCAUUGUGGACAACGAGCACCGGGCUGCACUUCAUGGUACGGUGUCUUGCAAGGGAUUGUCCGAGUAUCCAAUGACCGUUUCCAAUGGCAGGUUCCGUCUUUUCAGAGAGAGCGACGAGAGUCCUGACAUCAGGGAAAUGGUCUACGAGAUGGACCUCCACGACCAUGAGAAGACUUACCACUUCAGAGGCAUCAAGAUUGUCGAUAAGAACUGCUUCUUAGAGAUUGGCGUUGGAGAUACCACGACACUCGCGGUCACUGUUCGCAAACCUGAUGAUGAGGGUGAGCAUGUUGGCACGGGGACUCUGAAAAUUAAGCUCACUGAUUUCUUGCAACAGCUUACGACUUUGGAGGUGACACAGACAGACAGCCAUCUAGAGAAGGCAAAGUGGAAGAUCAGGUUCGGACGUUUCUUCAGCGGCGUUCUGUUGGACAUAUACGGCACCUUUAAUCCAUCUGAUUUAGGCGUUCCAUUCCACCACAAGAAUGAACCGAGGGAGCAACGGCAACUCAAUCUUGGCGGGACAAUUCCAGAAGUCCACAGGAUCCAAGCCACCGAUGGUGUCCAACUUCCCCUGGUUCGAUUCCAGGGAGGAUCUAAAGGUCCGCUUCUACUUCUUCACGGACUGGGUGUGUCGAGUCGGAUCUUCACCCUAGAUACCGUAGAUACCAAUAUGGUUGAAUUCCUUGUUGCCAAGGAGUUUGAUGUUUGGGUUGUUGAUAUGCGUUACUCGGUCAUGCUACCUUUACACAAAGAGCCAGGGUACAUCGGUGAUGCAGCGGAGAAGGACCUUCCACCAGUUGUAGACUACAUCCUAGAGAAGACAGGACACCUGGAUCUCGAGCUACUAGCACAUUGUGCUGGAGGCGUGACAGCACAUGCCUCUCUACUUGGCGGUCACCUUCAAGGCAAGAUCCGAUGCCUCGUGUCAUCACAGGCAGGUUUCAGUCUGACCGUUGGUGCUAUAAACUGUGCAAAGUCGCGAGCACGUCUUCCAACUGUCCUAUACGGCCUUGGUGUACAGGGCAUAACUGCCUACCCGGAUAACCCCAGUGCAUGGAACCAGCGCAUUGUCGACUUCUUCGUCGAAAAGGUAGCGACUUUGACAACCAACAUAAGGGAACACUGUGACAGUGACGUCUGUCAUCGCGUAACCUUCACAUACAGUCUACUAUGGUCUCACAGAAAUGUCAACGAGCUCACACACGACACGCUACAAGAAUGGAACGGCUUCGUGCAUGCUACCCGACUCAAGCACUAUUCGUUGAGUAUGCGCAAGGGACGACUCGUGGACAAGGACGGACAUGACAAGUACCUACCCGACUUCAACUCAAAGCACAGACUAGACUCCGAAAGGUAUCUGGCGGCCAUAAAGCACCUGGACCUCCCGAUUCUUUACUUCAGUGGUGCCAAGAAUGUCUGCUGGGAUCCAGAGACCACUCUGGACAGUUUUAAACGGUGUCAGGAAGUCAACCCAAAUCAGCAUUAUGAACGAUUUGAAGUUGAGAACUACAUGCAUUUGGAUUGCAUCAUGGGAUCCGUGGCUGCUCAAGAUGUUUUCCCAAGGUUCAUGCCCUUCCUUGAGCAGUAUGCUCACCCCAAGUAGACGAUGGUGAGUGGCAAAGGUCAACAUGAAGCAAACUUGGUAGCACUUAUCUGGCUAAAGCAUUUUCACAGUGGCGUAACUGCAGGGGGUAGAAAUGGCACAGAUGUGUCCCCAAUCGAAUGAUGCAAAAGUGAAAAGAAAGAAAAAGAAAAAAAAAAGAUAGAAAGGGAAAGGAAAUUAGUUGGAGGAUGAGAAAAAAAGGACGCCUGGACCUCUUCUCGCACCCUCAUCUAAUCAGUGUCCUGUAAAUAAUUGUAUUCAUUUGCUGAGUAAUAAAGACCGGUGCCCCCUCCUUCCAGUGCCCCUAUCUAUGGUUGAACUCAGGCUGCGCCACUGAUCCCUUUCAUAGUUUUAUACAAAGCGACAUGGCAAAGUUUCUUGGAUAAAAGAUCCUCUUUUUUCAUUUACAGAGUGUAUAGAUAUAUAUAUAUAUUCUCUUCAUUAAAGUGUAAUAUCAAUCACAUGUAUCUAGAUUAAAGGUACUCUACAUCUUCGGCAAAAGCAAUGUAACAUAAUGUCUACAAGGUAUAUAUAUAUAUAUAUAUAUGCAGAUUUGUCUGAAAUUCAUGAUUGGGAAACAAAAUGCAAUGUGAAACAAGAGCACAUGGGUAGGGUAAAGCAUUUGAUGGUAUAUUUAUUUAAAAUACUAGGCUGAAUUGUACGUUGCUGUCAGUACCUGAUUUCUAUGUUGUUGUUUUUUAUGAAGUGGAUGAUAAAACAUUGAUUAUUGAACAGUUCAUGUAGUCCGUUUCCUUCCGUCACACAAACAAAACCGACAUCAGACCGAUCGACUCUUAGCAAUUCGGUUUAGUAAUGUUGAGUUCAGUCUGUUGUCGGUCUGCAUGGUGUCGCCGGUCUUGUCGGUGUGACUUAUACCUUGGUCACACUGCUAAACCGACCCGGUCACACUGCCAAACCGACGCCUUCCCAACUCCAAACCGAAUGAUUCUUAGCAAUUGAAAGUAUUAACACAAUUAUGUUUGAUCGGUCUCUUGUCGGACUGCAUUGUGUCGGCCUGGUCGGUGUGACUGAAACCUUGGUCACACUGCCAAACCGACCCGGUCACACUGCCAAACCGACCCCUUCCCAACUCCAAAACGACUGAUUCUUAGUAAUUGAAAGUAACACAGUAUGUUUGAUCGGUCUGUUGCAUGGUGUCGCCGGUCUGGUCGGUGUGACUAAUACCUUGGUCACACUGCCAAACCGAACCCUUCCCAACUCCAAGCCGACUGAUUCUUAACCACUGAAAGGAAUAUAAUAUGUUUGAUCGGUCUGUUGUGGUUCAUUUCGUGACACCUUAAAAGUCAAGAAAAGACAGCUUAUAUAGCAUGCUUUGUUUGAAAAUCCAAUGAAUUGUAUAUUUGUUUAGUUAACUAGUUUUAUACUUUACGUAAAUUACAAGUUUUCAAUCCAUUAAACCUUUGCCGAUUAUUACUGUAUUUCACAUUGUUCGCUUAUAUUCAUUUUUAAUAUUGCAUUAAUCUGUCAUGAUAUAAUUGAUUAACACAUGAACGUUAUAUGAAUUUAUGAGUGGAGAAUGCAAUGUAUAUAUUAAGUUAUUUUAAACGCAAACGAAUCUGCUCAGCCGAUACCACUUAUCAACUCAUACUCGUAUAGCCUAAGAAAUAAUAACAACAACAUAACUACAUUUAUCAAUUUUUCUUGCUUACCAACCCCAUUUGCUUCUACUUCAAAUUUUCAAGUUCAUGUCACCUUUCUUUUUCCCGUCUCUUCAAUUAUUGUACGUCCCCCUAUCUCUCUCUCUCUCUCUCUCACUCUCUCUCUCUCUCUCUCUCUCUCUCUCUCUCUAUAUUUAUAUAUCUCUCUCUCUUUCUCUCUUACUAAAUAUGAACACAGACAUACCGCAUGUAUGUUUUGUUUUACUUUCACAAUUAUUACUUUCGUUGACCUAAACUAUAACAUAUGUUACAUACAUGUACGUAAGUCUUAGAGCACACAUCGCUUGUUUUAGCAUACUUCUUCGUGUGUUUUUUAACGUUUAGGGGGGAACAUGGUCCGUUAUUUUAAAAUUGUAUUUGACAUACGAAUGUAGUAUGUUGUUCUAUGUUUACUGUUUAAGUGCAUGUUAUCAUAUAUGAAUGAAAACAAUUAAAUGAGAUCAACAUAAAUCAUAUCUAUUCAUACGUA